AUGACCGACAAUCGAGUCACUAUACGCCAGCACCGUCUUAUAAACCAAAUUCGAAUUUUCAUCGAUAUGGAAAGCAGGUACACUGUUGAACUUGAGCGUGAUUACGACCUUCUGACACACUAUAUCGCUACUGUACAAGCUAUGGAGUAUGUUCCUUUUGAGAUUACGGUGGAUCUACACAAUCGCAUCGAUACUUAUAAACCUACCAUUCAGCAGUCCAUGAGAAGUCUUCUAGACUCGGUCAUUUACUUGCGCAGAAAACCCGAAGAAGAAAUUUGGGACAAGCUGGGUCUGCCAAUGACUUUGAUUCAUGUCAUAUCUGUCAAAGGAAAUCAUAAUACGCAAGGGAAAUCUUUAAGCUUUCCAAAUAAAGCAAAUGUGCUAAUGGCUGAGUACGACAUCCCUUACGACUACUUUGACAGCGACUACGUGCCAGUUUAUGAUACCUUGCUGGCACCUUCCCCUGAGGAUGGAGACACUUCGAAAAGUAUUGAAGAGACAGUACUGGAACUGAGCGAUCCCAUUGGUGAAGUGUCUUCUUCGGAUACUCACUCUUUCUCAUCGCAUACUUCGCGCUCACGUUCCACCGCUAGUCUCGCUCCAUCUCGUAAACCUUCUGCAGUUUCGCUCGCUUCGGCAAAGUCUAGCGGAUCAGCAACAAGUCAGGACCAUUAUGACAUCACUGUUAGAUUCCCAAAAAUGCCCGAAAACGGAGAGGUCCUUCGAGUUGACUGCGGCAGGAAAGUUCAAACUUUGGUUAACUAUCUCCUGACGUUACUAAAAAGGAUGGAAACUUCGGACACUCAGCAGCAGCGCAGCUCAAAGACAAGCAUUAGCGAGCAUGUGAAGAAAAUGGUAGUGCUAAUGUUUGGUCACGGUAUUCACCGGCAAUCUCAUGCCUUCAUGGACAAGUUCCAGCAAACGGUUACUGGACAUAUGACCGCUGAAGCCUUCGCACGCUUCUUAAACGACGUCAUCAAAGUGCAAGCCAGUGAUCUCUACUUCAUCAACUUCCUGAAGGCAGCGUUUCCCCGUCUCUCACGCCGUUUUUUGAAAGGAAAACGCCAAGCAGAGUCUUCUGGAACGCAGCAAACUCACGGCGUUGUCGGACUCGCAGCCGGUUGGUGGCUAAUUAGACAAGAGCACAACAGAUGGAUUUACGACAUUUCAACGUCUCCAACGUUCCGUGAUGGAGCUUUCUCACUACGAAUGAUGAAUGUGCCAACAAUAAACUGCCUCUCGUUUGUCUUCCUUGGCUUUGUUUCCUGCAAGGCGAUUACGUGCGUUGAUGCACCCUGCAACUUCGAGAAGGACGUGAAGAUCGGCGUUGGUGGAGACUGUCCUAGCGUUGUAGGAGAUGUUGCCGUUGAACCUUUUGUACCUUCUCAAUUUUUGACAAAUCCUAACUACAUCAGCCUCGCUUUUGAUGGACACUUUCUGUAUGGGGUGUGUCGCGAAUAUUACGAUAAGCUUGUUAAGAAUGGUGAAGCACCCUGUGUUCCUCAACAGGUCGCUGUUUCUUUACCAGAUUACGAUGUUUUUGAGAGCGACUCUGAGGUCACAACCACAACGGGAUUUGAAGACUCAGAAGUGUCUGAGGCAUUUUGUCCAUUUGAAUUUGAGCCAUGUCGCGUUUUUAAAGGGACCUUGCUUGAGAAUUCCUUCCUAGAUCCAGAUAAAGUGCGAGACCUUUUCUGGAAGGUUAUGGGAGAAUAUAGCAAUAUAGAUGAUGAGGCUGUUCUAUUGCUAUCCGAAGCAGCUCAGAACCGCACUCGAGACCUAAUUGAGAAGCUUGUUGAUUUUGCAGAGCAUCGAGCUAUAGCUGCAAGCCCAAAUCUUUCUUCCGCACGUCUGCCACCUGAUGAUGUCUUCAGACAGCUGGACAUAAUUGAAGAAGAAGAUCGUCGUACCGCUGAAGAAGAGAGGGCACUGAAAAAGGAAAUGGGAAAGAAGAAAAGCAGAAAAAGAGAGUCUAAGCAUUCUAGCAAGCCAAAGAGGUUCUCAAAACGCAAGAGAUGUCAUGCUAAGAAGAAGGCAGAAGAGGAAGAAAUAGAGGAUGAAGAAGAGCCUGACGAAGCAUUCGCUGCCACCAGUCCUAAGCAAUCACCUACGAAAGGAGGCAGUCCCUUUGUGGUUGUUACAGCUCACGACAUGCAGAUGGUUCUUGCUGCUUUUGGCAAUCGAUAA